AUGUCUAAUUCCCUGGACGAACCGUCGUCAGUUUCAGCGUUUGACAUGGCUAAAGAAGUCGUGGUUGAAGAUGUGGCAGUUCGCGUCUCCUCGCCCUCCGCCUUUGUCACGCUGCCGUCCUGUCCGCCUCACACUCCGUGUCGAUACGCUGCUGGGACGCGCGAGUGCUCGAAGCCAAUCAACGCUGUCCCCACUCUGAUUGGCUGGCGACGUGGAGACAACGAAGGACGCACAUACGCGCUCAGAGAACACCCCGAGGUCGGACACAGACAGCAGCUUGCUUGGGGCACGCUCGCGGCGACUGCCUACAGAGCCCUUGUGUACGCACUUCCUCAGGCAGUAAAGGUUGUCCAACUCAAACCGUCUUCCUUGACUUUUGAUUGGGAAUCUUUAUCAUGUCGACCACACUACAUUCGACAAUUGGUGGCCCCUUUGCGAACAGCAAUCUUUCUUCAUAAUCUACGACAAAGCCAGGUGUUGAUCAUGGACAACUUUCCACCGGAAGUGCAGCAUAUUUUGGCACCCACCUCCGGCAUUCAUUCGGAAAUGCAACUUACUCAGAUGGCUGAUCGUCUUAUGGAGAUGCACGGCUUUUCCAAGCCGUCACUUUCAGCACUCUCAACUCCCUCAACUCAUCCCGCGUCUCUUUUUUCACAGUUGGAGAUAGAGCUCAGCAGGCUAUGCGAUGAUAUAGCUUCACUCCAGAAGCAGACAGUCUCCCUCUCGUUUCGGAGCCAACCGAAGCCGUCCACCCCGCAUCUCCAGUCUCCACAUUCAGCCCGUCCAAACGCAGCUGCCAUCUGCUGGUGCCACACUACCUUUGGUGUUAAAGCCCGCCACUUCAUCUCUCCCUGCUCCUUCACCUACAAGCACAGCAAACGGGUAAAACCGGCCAACCCGAAGGUCAGUGCCGCCAGUCUUCCCGAAACCUCUUCCGGCUCUGGUCGCACCUUCUACGUUUGCGACACUGCGACUCGCAGGCGUUUCCUGGUGGACAUUAGAGCCCAAAUCAGCGUUGUUCCCCCAACUGCAGCUGAUCGCCGUUUUCCUAACCCUGGUCUGCACAUCCAAGUUGUCAACUGUUCCUCCAUUCCCACUUUUGGAAGUCUGUCCCUCACCCCGAGCCUUCGUCGGUCAUUCACUUGGAUCUUUGUGAUUGCUGAUGUCCCUCAUGCAAUCCUCGGCUCGGACUUUCUCGCCAAGUUUGAUCUACUUGUUGACUGUCGACGUGCCUGUCUCCUCGACCGCACAACCGGUCUGUUCAUUCGUGGACUAACUCCCUUUACUGCCCCCACCAACUUAUCUGUCCUGGAUACAGAUAUUGCUAGUCCUUUUCGGCAGUUGCUGUUUAGUCACCCCAACAUAAUUAACCCCCAGAUUCGCAGUGGUGAGGUUCAACAUGAUGUUGUGCACCAUAUCCGCACCUCAGGUUCUCCCGUGUUUGCUCGACCGAGACGACUAGCACCGGAACGUUUUCAGGCCGCAAAGGCGGAGUUUGAACACUUGCUGCAACCGGGAAUAAUUCGACCGUUCGAAAGCCCUUGGGCGUCCCCACUGCACAUGGUGCCCAAGGCAACAUCAGGCGACUGGCGACCCUGUGGUGACUAUCGAGCCCUCAACAGCGCUACCGUUCCUGAUCGGUACCCCGUGCCUCAUCUUCAGGACUUUGCUGGAGCCCUUUUCGGCAAAGCGGAUUUCUCGAAAAUUGAUGUGGUGCGUGCUUUUCAUCAGAUUCCAGUCGCUCCUGAGGACAUCCCUAAAACCGCCGUAACCACACCGUUCGGUCUGUUUGAGUUCGUCCGCAUGCCGUUCGGUCUUCGUAAUGCCGCCCACAUGCCCCAGAGGUUGAUAAACCAUGUCUUACGUGGCCUACCCUUUGUGUACGCCUUCAAUGAUGACCUCUUGGUUGCCAGACUAAAUGAGGAAGUACACAAAGAGCAUCUUGCCUUCGUGUUUGACCGUCUUGGCAAGUCUGGCGUUGUCAUCAACCCCUCCAAGUGCGUGUUGGGUGUGCCUUCACUCUAG